AUGGCAUCGGUGGCUCAAACACCCACAAAAGAAGAAGAGAUCGACGACCCCCAGGGACAAGAAGUCACUUUGGAUGGAGAACGGCCUGGCGCAGAUGAAGAGAUGCGCACUGUAUUCAACGAUCCUACCACCUUCAACGUAAAGCACCCACUGUAUUCGUCCUGGACGCUCUGGUUCGAUUCUCCCUCGACAAAGGGUCGCACAGGUGGCACCGGCACUCCGGGCACUCCUUCGACAGCUGUCCCCCCGACGCCAUCUGCCGCCCAGGGAUGGAUGGAGGACAUUAAGAAAGUGAUCAGCUUUGAGAGUGUAGAAGAGUUUUGGGGUCUGUACAAUAAUAUUGUUGCGCCGUCCGCACUACCGCAAAAGGCAAACUAUUAUCUAUUCAAGGAGGACAUCAUCCCGGCCUGGGAGGACCCCGCCAACAAGGACGGCGGCAAAUGGAGCAUUCAGCUUCCCAAGGAGAAGAACCGAAAUAACGUCGACAAGAUGUGGCUAUUCACUAUGCUCGCUGCCAUUGGCGAGACCUUUGAUCCGUACCUGACAAAGGCCAACACGACCGGUCCGAAUGCACAAGCUCCCACGUCUCUCAUCACCGGUGUCAUUGUCUCGACUCGUCCUCAGUUUUACCGACUGUCCAUUUGGACACGACAGGCUCCUGCCCACACUGGAACGCCAGAGGACGAGCAACUCCGAAGCCGUAUCGAAGCCAUUGGAAGACAUUUCAAGACCCAGGUGCUCGGGUAUGGCGAGAACCAGAAACUCGGUGGUCCGCUCGCGACAGAGGUCGAAUUUAUGAGUCACAAGGAUAGCGAGAAGAAGGGAAAGGGCAAGAAAAUCACCGUCUAG